CGUCACGCUUUUUUGCAAUACACGUUCAACAGAAUCGGAAUCAUCGUUUGUGGACGUCGUCAGCAGCAUGGAUGUGGCGGAUUCACUUGUGAAUGGAAGUGUGCUAAUAGUUCACCAGCUCCAUGAGGGGAAGCACCAGUAUGAAGUGGAAAAUGUUGUCAAGCCAAGACAUUCAAGCGGAGGAAAACAGAUCAUCAGGAGAGGAGACAAGCUGGUGCAGAUAAAUGGCACCGACCUGCAGGAUUUACGCCCCGAGGAGGUGGCUCAGGCCAUUGCAGAGGGUCAGCCUAUGUUGACGGUGCACAAGUCCAGGAGCAAGAAAGAUUACAAUGAGCAGUCAUGCUCAAUGCAGGAUUGUCUUCAGCCAGUCUCCAAGGAGGUCACCGUACUUCAGUUCAGCAUGGAGAUGGUGCGAGAGGAAAACCUGCAGCAGAGUGGGAGCGAUUUAGGGGGUGAUGCAGAAGAGAAUGGUGGUGCUGAGGAUGACAUUUGCCCAGCUGAGGAUGAGACCAACAAGCUGGAAAGCGAUCUGCUUGUUGUCACCAUGACAGAAACUAGCUUCUCUGUGUUGAGAGGCAGGGGCUGCGAUGCAGAGAGCGCCUGUGGUGGAUGUCAUGGGACAGGAUGCACCCUUAAUGACAUUGUGAUGGUUGCAAAGACCAGCACUGUGACACUUGUUUCAAGAGGAGGGGGCACUUUCAAACAAAUUAAGAUGCUGAACACUCCAGUUGAACACGUGGCCUCGCACAAAUAUCUACGAGGACUCUGUUCGCAGAAGACUCUCUAUGUUUCACCUCAACCAGAAAAAAUGACCAUUUACUACUACAAGUCAACUUGUUUGGACCACCAUUACCCAGUGGUCUUGAACUUCACAGACUCUGACUGUUUUCUUAAGUGCUCCAAGAAAGCAGAGCAGGUGCUCCUGCAAGUAGAGGCAGUGGAUAAGAAGAAGCUGAAAAGCAUUUCUAUGAACGACGAGACCACACUUUCCUUCGUCUUCUACAUGAAAACCGACAGCACAAAGCAGCGGAAGUUUGAAUCUGCACUCUACCGGGGCUGGUACAUCCAAAUAGCGACUUCAGCUUCCACAGACUCUGUGGAAAUGGCAAAGUCGGACGGACGGCAAGGAAUUCAAUCAUUCCUCUUUGUCAUUCAAACAUAGCAUGAUGGAAAGUUAUACACCAUAGUGCAUUCAUAAUUUGACAAUCAUCCAGCAACCUGUUUAAAAAAAUUAAAAAAAAAUGGAAAUACAGUGUUCCCCACUAUUCACUGGGCACAGCCGCCGCAAAAAGCAAGAAUCCCUAAUUGACACUCCCCAAAGAAGCUUGUAAUUGUAUAUAGCUAUCACAAGAUGGCAGCAAAGCACAUUUUUCAAUUAGACAAGACUGGCUACAUGAAGCUCCUCCCCUCAGUGCAAUGAUGUUGUUGCGCAUUAGACAUUACAGUACGGUGGUGCCUUGAGAGUCCAGUUCAAUUUGUUCCAUAAACAAGCGCAUAACGCAAAACACUCAAACUUCAAAUCUUCUUUUCCCAUUGAAAUGAAUGUGAAUUCCAUUAUUCCGUUCCAGCGCCCCACUCCUCAAAAAUGGUUCAAAUGAAAUAGAAUGUAAAGAAUUAAACUGCCUGUAAAUCAUAAUUUAAUGCCGCAAUUCAAUUCAUUGUGCUACUCCUUCUGGUGUGCCUGCCACGGGAGUCGGCAGGCAAUAUAAUACUGUCCAGUUGUGUGGACAUAAAUGAUGAUGAAUAGACAUCCACCACUACUGUGACUCAGUACGAUGCUGUUAUACUACUUUUUUUUUUUUUUUUUUAAUAGAAAAUAAAGAAUAUAUGCUUGUGAGUACUAUUAUAUCAUCUGUCUAAAUGUGUCGC